AGAGCAAGUCAGUGUUCUGUAUCAGAAUAUUCAUAUAGUGGAACCAAGAUUAAUCCAGCCUUACGAACAUGUCAUUAAGAACUUCAUCCGAGAGAUCAAACUUCAAAGCACGGAGAUGGAAACCUUAGCCAUUGCUGUAAAAAGAGCUCAGGAUAUGGCAGCAGUUCAGCUCGGUGAACUGGAAGAGGAGAUGGAACAACGGUUACAGGCUGCAGAGCAUAAAGUUAAAAAGGAAGAGAAACGAAAAGCUGAAGAGGCACUAAACGAACUGAAGCGCCAGUAUGAUACUGAAGUUGGGGAUCUUCAGGUGACAAUAAAAAAACUUAAAAAGCUGGAGGAACAAUCCAAAAACAUAAAUCAUAGGGAAGAUGUGGUUGAACUGAAAAAAAGAAUACAUGAUAUGUUGCUGGAAAAUCAGAAACUUAAGAAAGAUCUUUUAGAAGCACAGACAAAUAUAGCAUUUCUACAGAGUGAAUUAGAUAAUUUGAAAAGCGAGUAUGCAGAUCGGAGUUUGAACACUGAGAGAGAUCUAGAAAUGAUCCGAGAGUAUACUGAAGACAGAGAUAAUCUGGAAAGACAAAUUGAAAUACUUCAAACAGCUAAUAGAAAGCUACAUGACAGCAAUGAUGGCUUAAGAAGUGCACUGGAAAACAAUUAAUAUUAAUUAUAUGUAAUUCUAUUAUGUUUUCGGCUAGCAAACACCUCACCAGGAAAUACCAUUUCUAGAAGCAGUCCCAAAUGUAGUGGUGGACAGUCUCCUCUAAACCCACGGUAUGACAGAUCAUCUCAUUCUUCUUGUGUGGAUGAAGAUUAUGAUUCUUUAGCCCUUUGUGACCCUAUGCAAAGGAUAAACUGUGAGGUUGACAGCUUGCCUGAGAGCUGUUUUGACAGUGGUUUGUCUACCCUGAGAGACUCAAAUGAAUAUGAUUCAGAAGUGGAAUACAGGCAUCAAAGAAUUUUUCAAAAGUCACAGUGUAUGCAAGAAAGCUUUGGUGGUGAUGCUUCUGAUACUGAUGUUCCAGAGAUCAGGGAUGAAGAAGCAUACAGUCCUGACAACAGCAGUAUGGUAUUAGACUGGAAGCCCUCACGACCAGUAAGUCGAAGCAGCUCAAUUUCUUCCACAAGGAAAUAUAUAUCUGCUAUUCCUCCUCAGUCAGAUGCAAGAGAAUGUACUCCGAAAUACCCAAGUUCUGAGAAGGCUUACAAGAUAGUUCUUGCUGGAGAUGCAGCAGUGGGAAAAUCCAGUUUCCUUAUGAGACUUUGCAAGAAUGAAUUUCGAGGCAAUACCAGUGCAACUCUGGGUGUGGAUUUUCAAAUGAAAAGACUAGUUGUUGAUGGAGAACCUACAGUGCUACAACUGUGGGACACAGCUGGGCAGGAGAGAUUUCGAAGUAUUGCUAAAUCAUACUUUAGAAGAGCAGAUGGUGUCUUACUGUUGUAUGAUGUAACAUGUGAAAAAAGUUUUCUUAAUGUACGAGAAUGGGUGGAUAUGAUUGAGGAUGCAACUCAUGAGAAUAUUCCAAUUAUGAUGGUGGGAAACAAAGCAGAUCUCCGCCAAGUGGCUACAGAACAAGGACGAAAAUGUGUGCCUAUAAACUAUGGAGAAAAGCUGGCCAUGACUUACAAUGCGCUAUUCUGUGAAACAAGUGCUAAAAACGGAUCCAAUAUUGUAGAAGCAGUUCUUCAUCUUGCUCGUGAAGUGAGAAAACAAAGUGAUAAUGAAGAUGAUACGAGGUCAGUAACCAGCCUGGCUGGGACACCUGUCAAAAAAUUGGCACUCAUGAAGAACUGUUGCAGUGUUUGAAUGAUGAUUCUUUUUCUGAACUAAAUAACAUACUUGUAUAUUUUUACUAUUUUUUUAAAAAGGAUAAAUGAAGGAUUUCAAUAAUGUAUUCUUUUUACUGUGGACUUAUACAUUUGUGGAUUUAGAAGCUGCACAUCAUGGAAAAAAUCCAGCUUCUACUUUCUGUUCAUUCAUAUUUAUGCACUUGCUUUGUACUUUAGGUCCUGGUAUCACCUUUCUUAAGUAAUGUAAGUCAAUGAAAUGAGCUCAGAAUCAAUGCUACAAUAGUCAGUGCAUACAAUAUUGUAAUAUAUUUUACCCCCUUUUCCUGCUUGUUUCUUCAUGGCAUCAAUAUUUCUUACAUACAGAAUAUGCUAUGAUAAUGUAACAUAUCACUCAUAGGCAAAGAAAAAAAAUCCAGCCUUAAUUAAUUUAUCUCUUUUUGCUCUUGUCUGCUUACCUAUUUUUUGAAGGCCUUACGUUAUACACGUUUUCCACCAAAACUCCAAACCAUUAAAAGGUUUCCUAGUUUCAAGUAAACCCUAAAUUCGGGGCACUAAGUGGAAUGGGACUCCCUUGGGAGUACACAGUGGCAAAUGUAUGGGGUUCUGUCAUAAUUACACAAAAGUUGGUGAGUUAGAAUUUUAUUUAAUUUGGGGGCUUGGGGUUUGAUUCAGAACUGAGAAGUAGACUUUUGAUCUGAUCCUACACAGAUCAAAAAUGAAAGGAAUAUUUGCAUGGACCAUUGCAGUUCCAAAUUCCAGAGAGACUAUAGUAUCUGUGGUAUGUAGGAUUACUGAGAUGAAUUAAUGACCCAAUACCUGCCUAUCUGUUUAGACUUGGUUAUUACUAGUAUUAUAGAGAGAUACAGAUUGUCCUUUCUCCCUAUAUUUUUCAAAUGUUUUCCAUUCAGACACUAACUGAGGGGUUGUCAUAGUACUGAGGAGUGUGUUUUAACUGAUAUUCUUUAUACAUUUUUUUUGAAGUUUUAAACCCGCAGGUAAAAGAAUUGCUGCACAUGCACAAGUAUCUGUAUCAGCUGUUCAUUAAAAGAAAUCCCUGGAAUGGACAGGAACCACUUAAUGAGAACAAUGUUGGCUGAUUUUAAGAAAACUCUGAGAAACUCACUAGUGAGUGGUAGGUCUAGGUGCCAUCAUCUCUAAAAUCUAAGUUGUUAUUGCUUAUAGAAGUUCCCAGCAGUCCUAUAUUUUAGUACAAUUUUGUAUGUAUUUCUACAAUCAGCAAACACGGUCCAAUUCUUCUCAGCUGUCACUAAUUUUAAUAGGAAUGAGAAAGGAGCCCUUCCAGACCCAGCUAUUUCAAUUUUUUCUGUGUAUAUUAAGAAAACGUCUCCAAGGUGAAACAUGGUUCAUUAAAUCAGCCUUGGAUAAAGUUUUAUGGACUGAUAGCAGCAACUAGCAGCUGUUACAGUAUUUUGUCAGCACUAUAUUUGAACACUGUAUAGCUUGUGCUUUGUUAUUAGUUUUAUAAAAUGUGGAGUUCUCAGGAAUAAGAUGGUUCAUCACAUUUAAAAAAAAUACUGUCUGAGCAGUAAAGAAUAUCAGUGUCAGAGCAGCUAUUCCUUAAGCAACUAACGGAAAGCAUAUUCUAACAAGACAGAAAAAUGUAAUGCCAGAUGAAAUAAGACAUUUUAUUUCACUUCCAGCCCUAUAAGAGAAAAUAUAUUAUCUUCGAAGUAUUGAGGCAAUCUUCAUACACAGACCUACCUUAUUCCACAUGGGAGAUUUCAGGGUUGUAGCAUUCUCCAACACAGCACUGCAGAAGCCUCACUGUAGUCUUGAGACUUUUCUGGAAUAGGUAGCAGAGACCGAAAGAGAUGCAGGUGUACCAAGAUUAUAGUGGGGGGGCACAUAUAUUGUUUUCUGAGGAGAAAACUAUGCUUAACUGAGCACAUUGAAGGCCUCUUCUGUAUUCUUGUGUGAAGGAAAAAAAGGGGGGGGGUUAGAAUACUUAUGGGUUAUAUUUCCAGAUGUUUUCUCCUACACCAAUAGGGAAGAGAGAGGGAGACAAUCCAACUCUUGGUUUCUGAAGUGUAAGCUCACAACCUGUAGGCUUUAAAGAGUGUUUUCCAUAAUUAUAAGCUGUUCCUUUCAUUUCAAAGUAUUGCUCUUUCAGUGUUAUUAGCUUCUGUUAACUUCCAGGGCUUAGACUGGAGCUCAGUGUUCUACUGUGCAGCAGCCGAACCACAGUAUCUGACAAAGUCUGUGGUCUUGGCCUGCAGUAAAUGAGGUGAAAUGUGUUUGCAUAGACCUUGUUGACAUACCUGCAUGACCAAUACAUUUUUAGCUGGGUACAUAGAAUCACAUAAAGUUGUUCGGAAGGAUUUCUGGAAGUGGUUUUGUCCAACUUCCCACUCAAAGCUGGACUGUUGCCAGCUCUAGAUCAGGUUAGCAAUGGCUUUCCUAGAGAAGUUGUGAAAACCCCCGAAGACAGUGAUCCCACCACCUCUUUGGGCAACCUGUUCCCAUGCUUGCACUCCCCUUCUGGUGAAACGCUUUUCCCCAUGCCCAGCCUGAGUUUCCCACGUCACAAUUUUAGCCAUUUCCCCAUUACGCUGUCUGUUGCUACCAAGAGGAGUUUGGCUGCGUUCUUUGCAACUCCCCUUUGAAUAGCUGUAGGCUAUUGGAUCACCCAUAGCCUUCUCUUCACCACUAUAAAAUUUGUGAGGUGUCGCUUUCAAAUGUGGGUUCCAGAUCCAUACAGUUAGCAGUGUGUGUGCAUGUGCAGUAAUUGCUUUCUAAGGUUCUUAUCCUACAGAGUGUGCCAUGUGAAUGUCCAUGGCUGUAGAGAGCCUAGUUGAAGGAAGUAAUUUCAGGGACCUACCUUCACACCUAUUUUUCUUUCUGCAGGAUUAGGCCAUGGAUAUUUUGGCUUCUCAUUUAUUUUAAUGACCAAAAUCUCUCUUGUGUUAUUUGGCCAAACUUUAUAAAUGGAAUCUCUUUUUUAAGCUAUGUAAUUUUUAUGUAUGUCAGAUAAAGUUACUUUAACUUGAAACAGUAUUUUUUUUUAAAAUAAGAUUCAGGGUUGAAAACUGUUCAUAAAGUUUUACCUUGGAAUAGUUUAAUGGUCAACAUUACUAGAAAAAGCACUAUCAAAUUGAAAUGCAGCUACAGCUCAGUUGGGGCUGACUUUAGAAAUACUGCAAUGAUCGGCUGCAUCAAGUCUGAACGUUCCCUUAAUACUAGAUAGAAUUCAUAGUAAAGUAAGAGAACUUGGAAUUAAAUUGUUUACUUAAAUUUAGAAAUGGAAGCAUCUAUUUAUACAUGGAAAUGAUGAAUUAUAUAAGGCUUUUGUUUGUUUUGCUUUAAAAAGUUACCUUGCCUUCUAUCUGAAAUGUAAAACAGCAAACAUCAGAUUUAUGCUCUGACAUGGUUGCACUACUGUACUUUUUUUUGGUUUUGUUUUCAUUUAGUACUUAAGAACUGUUCUCUUAAUUGCACAAAGUUAUGUUAGCUAAUGGAUGUGUUCCCUUAAUACACAUAUUUAUUCUAAAAGGAAAAGCCUUUCAUGUUUUUCCUGACAAUCUGUACAUAAGAUUAUUUUUAUUCAGUUGACAUGGAAGUAUUACUUUGUCCUGUAUUGGUUUUGACCCUUUUAAUUGUGGCAUAGUAUGCAUUUUUGAGGUAAUGAUUUCUGUGAGACACUCCAAAAACAUUCUGAUCACAUGAGCGUUCUUAUAACCACCUCAUGCCUGUUCAACGUACGUUAGUGGCUUAAUAAGAUGUGCUGUAGCUUCUCUUACUUAAUUGUUCUUAGAAGUACAGUUAUGACCUAAUAUAGUUUAAAUGUUUUUUUCAGUAUAACUAUCUUUGUAUUGACUAUAAAAUUAUGUUAGCAUAAAUAAUUAUGUUAGCAAAAAUAAACCACAACUUUACAUCUGUAUAGCCUAUUAAAAUAUAUUCUAAGCAAAAUAUCUAUGGGCCACUCCUUGCAGGAGCACUGGGAGGAUGUGCACCCAAGCAGAUCCCCAAUUAAGCUAAAAGGUUCUGUGGCAGUGCAGGCAGUCUGUUCAUACACAGGUCCUGGUACAGAGGUUUUCUUUUUUUCCCCCUAACCUACUGCUGUGCAACAAGACUAGGUAACUUUUCAUUACAGAAAGUGAAAGAUACCUAAUCCAGCAGAAACCAAAGGGAAAUAUUUAUUCAUAUAGUCAAGGCACUUAAUUAUCUUGGGGGAAAAAAACUAUUUCCAAGAUGUUUUUGACCGUAUCUGGUAAUUGAAGAGUUAAUUCAAUAUCUCAACUGCAGUUUAAAUGCCUUUACCGUUAGCCUUGCCAUGUUUGUUACAGUGUGUAAUGCUAUCUCUCUGACCCUGUCCAGGCUACUCAUAGAUAGCAGUAACUUUUAACAGCACCAGAGAUAAGAGUAUUUCUCUCCCACUGUAUUACUGAUCAGGCCUAAUUCUUUCUUAUUGGUAUCCUUAGGACUGGUAGCAUCAUGACUCAAGGCCAUUGUGUGAGAAAACACUCGUUAUGGUUAAAGAAAAUUCAACGCAGCCAUGCAGAAUGUAGGUUCGAAUGUGUUACAUAGUUUGUAAAAAUAAGUCCUUUUUCUACAGUUUCAGCCCUUUGAGUUAUAGCUAUAGAUAGCUGGGCAUAAAUGAAAUUAGUCAUUAGGUGGCUGAGUAACAAAUAAACCCCAGGUGUGCAGGUUUCCUAGUGAAUAUAAAGCAAAGUAUUUAAAAUAAAGCAUAUUUUCAUACUUGUAUGGGGAACAAAUUCAGUGAAUGUUGGUUGUCUGUGCCAACUUCUGUUAAAGACUAUA